AGGUAUAUUCAUCACCAUGCCCGCCAAGACCCAGAACAUCGUGCUCGCCCGCGGUAUCAACGCCAUCUCGGCCAACAGCCUCUCGAAGAAGAACGGCCGUGGCAAGGUCGUCAAGAAGGGCGGCGAGAAGAAGGUCGUCGCCAAGAAGGUGUCCACCAAGAAGUGGUACCCGGCCGACUACAUCCCGAAGCCGCUGCCUUCGGCCAAGACCCAGCGCAACAGCGUCAAGACCGCCAAGCUCCGCAAGUCGAUCACCCCCGGCACGGUCCUGAUCCUGCUGUCGGGCCGCUUCCGUGGCAAGCGCGUGGUCUUCCUCAAGCAGCUGGCUUCGGGCCUGCUGCUCGUGACUGGCCCGUACAAGGUCAACGGCGUGCCGCUCCGUCGCGUGAACCAGUCGUACGUGAUCGCCACGUCGACCAAGGUCAACAUUGAGGGCCUGGAGCUCCCUGCCAUCGACGACGCCUACUUCGCCAAGGAGAAGGCCGCCAAGAAGAGCAAGGAGGAGCAGUUCUUCGCCCAGUCGAGCGCCGCCCCCGUCAUCCCGGAGCAGCGCAAGAAGGACCAGAAGGCCGUGGACUCGGCUCUGAUCAAGAAGCUCGACGCUGAGCCGUUCCUCAAGGCCUACCUGAACGCCAAGUUCUCGCUGACCAAGAACGACCGCGCCCACGCCCUCAAGUUCUAAGUGCGCAAUUGCUAUCCUUUCUAGCAGUGUGAUGCGAUGGAAUGAGAUGAAAGAACAAUAUACCUGAUGAAACUAUCACC